UUUUUUUUUGUUUAUCUCUCUACCCCUCUUAUGGCUCUUAUGUUAUAAAAUUUGUAUUUUUUACUGUGAAACUAAAUGUUUUCCCCCAUUAACUUGUAGUUGGUCUGUACAAUUAGCAAAAAAAAAUAUUUUAAUGUUUUUUAUUAAAGUGAUCCGUUUAAAUACCAUAAAUGUUGGUAAACAUUAUCCUGUACUGUACAACACUUUACAUAGGAGACUGCUUAGUAACACUAAGGUGCUUAGUCAAAAAGGGCUGACCACAUCAAACAGAAAGGAGUCCAGUACAGAGGUAGAUACAAAUGUCAAACCAAUAUCUGAAAAGGUUAAAGAAACCACCAAGACAACCUCAUAUUUGGCCAUAAUAGUCCUCGGAGUGGGAAUUUGUGGAGGCCUGUUUUAUGCUGUGUUUAACGAAUUAUUUUCAAGUAAUAGUCCCAAUAAUAUUUACUCUAAAUCAGUUAAGAAGUGUAUCGAAAAUGACCAAAUCUCUGAUAAAUUGGGAUAUCCAAUUAGUGCAUAUGGAGAAGAGACUAGGAGAGGUAGGAGACAGCAUGUCACACAUGCAUAUUACGUAGACAGAGAUGGAAAGAAACAUAUUAGAAUGGUAUUCCAUUUAAAAGGAUCUGCUCAUUCGGGAACUGCAAAUUUGGAUAUGGUACAGAACGAUUCCGGAAAGUACGAGUACCGUUACUUGUUCGUCCAGGUUGACGAUAUGUUUAAGAGCGUGAUAGUCGUGGAAGAUAACAGAAGCAUCCAAGAUGCCAAGUCAAUUGCCGCAGAUCUAACCACGGAUUUCCGACUAUAACCACUUGAGUUACUUAACAUACUAUUUUACCCUUUUAU